UAAGAGAUAAAAUAUAUAGGUACACAUUUUUAGGUAAAUGAUAAAUAUGUGUAUGCAUUUUAAAUAAACAUAUCAUUCAGGUUCAAGCCCCCACCCCAAUGAAGUGGUGACCAACCCUAAUUUUUUAAGAACCCGUACAACAAAUUACCUUCACGGAGGUCCGCACCAAUGUAUACCGAGCUGAUUGAGGACAUUCUCGUUGACGUUCCCAUCCCACACAAAAAUAACUCCUUGGAUGAAGCGGAGGUGGACAAGCUUCAUCAGAUGAAUACAAUGAUUUUACGGAUUUUCCCGCUAGUUUUGAUUGUGCUUGGUGUAACAGGUAACGCUGUGACGAUGCUGGUCCUACGGCGUAUGGCCACGAAGGAAAACUUCUUGACUCUCCUGCUAGCGGCCCUGUGUGGGUUCAACAUCCUGGCUCUUAUCCUGGGGCUGAUAGAUGACGUCAUAUACGCGUGGGCGGACAUCGCUCUCUACUCAGUCAGCCAUUCCUUGUGUAAUAUCUUCGCCGUGCUGAAUUUGGUAUUGUUGACGAUUACGUGCUGGUUGGUUGUCGUUAUAACCGGAUGUCGGGUUGCGUUUCUGACAAAUAAGUCAAAGACCAUGUCCAGCGUAAGGAACCAGAUCCUGUUGAUAGACAGUGUCUGUAUCGGCAGCAUCUUCGCUCAGACCGUCGUUGGCUACUUCGGGAACCGGAGCUUCUACGAUAGCAACACCACAGAGGCCUGCUACGUCCCCUACGACUCUCCCUGGGCCCACAUACAGUUCUACGUCUCCAGUCUCAUACCUUUCAUCGUGUUGAUCCUGCUCAACGUCUACCUCAUCUACCUGUACAUGAAGAAAGACUCUGGCCUCAUUGAAAGCAUUGGCACCACCAAAGUCAGACAUCAGAUGUGCAUGUUCGUCCUUGUGUCUAUGCUCCAGUAUGUACUCACCAUCAUCCCAGUCGCUCUCCUGUACCUGAACAUUGAGAUGUUCUUUGACAUGAACUCACGUCUCGGGCAGGCUAAGGCAGUUCUAGGCUACAACAUCACCGUCAUCAUGUUGUACUCCAACAACGCCACCAACUACUUGGUCUACACCGCCUUUGGACGGCGGUUCCGUCAACAGUUCAGGAAGCUGCUCCGGCCCUACUUCAAGAGAUGGUUCCCCACCCUCGGGCAGGAGGAAUCCUACAUGGACUCUGACUGUGGCAGUAGAGAGUCCCGGUUCUCCCAAGCGACCGUGUCCCACUCCCACACUAUGGAGAUGUACAACCGACCCAUGACCAUCCCCCACAUCAGUGACACGACGGUCAAGUACAGCGGGGUCGAGUCGUCAGAGAGCAGCUCGUUCCGGAAUGUCAAGCCGGAAUCUUCCGGCACCACCAGAAACAUCUCUCUGGGCGAGGAGAGAAAAGUAGAUUCAGACGUGACACUAGGUGCACGUGUUGCAUGA